AUGCAGAAGCAGCUGGAGACUCUGCAAAGGAUUGUCUCUACUCUAGCGAACAAAAAUGAUGAAAUUCACAACUUCAUUGACAUGCUGAACCAUACAAUAAAAAAUGUUCAGGUAAACUCUUCUAAUGCAAUCAGCGAGUUGGAUGAAGAAUUCGAUGGUCUGUAUUCUAUCCUGGAUGAGAUGAAGGGGAGUAUGGCCAACACUAUUCAGCAAGAAGAGGCUCGUAAAAUUCAAGCUCUGCAGGAUCAGCUUAGCCAGUGUAGUAAUGCCCUAGAGAGUUCUGAAGAACUGCUGGAACUUGCUGCACAGUCACUGGACAUAAAGGACCCUGUGGAAUUCUUAAAGGCUGCCAGACAGAUCAAAGAUAGAGUUACAAUGGCUUCAGCGUUCCGCAUCUCUCUGAAACCAAAGGUCAGUGAUAGUAUGACUCAUUUGAUGGUGGACUUCGCUCUGGAAAGGCGCAUGCUUCAGGCUGUGAAGUUUUUGCCAGUCCCUAAAGCUCCAGAGAUAGAUCUAGCAGCAUGUCUGGUUGCUGAUAACUGCAUCACAGUAUCAUGGAGAAUGCCUGAAGAAGACAGCAGAAUUGAUCAUUUUGUACUGGAGUAUAGGAAAACCAACUUUGAUGGGCUUCCUCGAGUAAAAGAUGAACAGCGUUGGGAACUGAUAGACUACAUUAAAGCUACUGAAUAUACAUUGUCAGGUCUGAAAUUUGAUACAAAAUACAUGAACCUUAGAGUACAAGCUUGCAACAAAGCUGUGGCAGGGGAAUACUCCGAUCCUGUGACUCUGGAAACCAAAGCAUUUGUGUUCAGUUUGGACAGUACUUCAUCUCAUCUGAACUUGAAAGUUGAAGAUACCUAUGUUGAAUGGGAUCCUACUGGAGGCAAAGGCCAAGAAAAAAUAAAAGGGAAGGAAAAUAAAAGUGGCCAGAAUCCUCUGCUGAAGAGCAAUAGAAGAAGUGGUGCACCGUCUCCAAAGAGGACAUCUAUUAGCACGAGAUCCUCAUCAAGGGGCAGCAGAGAUCAUUUUACUGGUGAAUCAUACACAGUGUUGGGAGACACUGCUGUUGAAAGUGGACAGCAUUACUGGGAGGUGAGAGCCCAGAAGGACUGCAAAUCCUACAGUGUGGGAGUAACAUACAGAAACCUGGGGAAAUUUGACCAGCUGGGAAAGACUAAUUCAAGCUGGUGCAUCCAUAUCAACAACUGGCUGCAAACCACAUUUUCAGCAAAACAUAAUAAUAAAACCAAGACUCUAGAUGUACCUGUUCCAGACAGAAUAGGAGUAUACUGCGACUUUGAUGGAGGUCAGCUCGCAUUUUAUAAUGCAAACUCAAAGGAGCUGUUACACACCUUCAGAACAAAGUUUACCCAACCGUUAUUACCAGGCUUCAUGAUCUGGUGUGGUGGGCUUACAGUGAGUACUGGAUUGCAAGUGCCAAGUGCUGUGAAAACGCUCCAGAAAAGUGAAAAUGGAUUGAGUGGUUCAACAAACAGCCUGAACAAUAUUGCCUAG